AUGUUCCGGCCUUCCCCAACCUGGAUCUCGCUUCCGGACCACGAGGUAUACCAAACUCUUCAGGCAAUUCAUCAUAUCCACAGAGCGAAAGCGAGCGUUCCCCUGCACCUUGCCGUCUUCGAUUUCAACGAUACUGAUGAAACCGAAAUCGAAGACUAUCGUGAAUCACCUACGAGUCCUAGCCCUAGCUUUACCUGGUCAUCGUCCGGACUAUAUACACCUAAUAUGCGCCCCGGCGAUGUGCACGUAUUGGAGAAUCGUAUUCGAGCCAGACUCUACGCAGGGCUGAACCCGAAAAGAGUCGCACGAGGAGAGACAAAUGAUUGGGGAGAUGCGAGUAAGACUCUGUGCGGUUCAUGA